AUGCCGUACACCGAAGACUACGACGAAGUGGACAUCGAGCAGAUGGAGUACAGCGCAGAAACAGAGCUAUUCACGUAUCCCUGCCCGUGCGGAGACAUGUUUGAAAUAUCCCUGGAAGAUCUCAUGAACGGAGAGGAAGUCGCAACUUGUCCCUCGUGCUCUCUCAUCGUGAAGGUGAACUACUUGCAGGAGGACAUAGAUGCAGCUCUGCAGAUGCGCGCAGAAAAGCAGAAAGCCCCAAUCGAGGCGUAG